AUGGCGUUGUUGUGUAAACGCGCGUUUCAUUUGUGCUCCAAUCAUCGCCUCUACCUCCUUUCUUUGUUCCCUUCCACGACGAUGCAAAGUUGCAGGCAUAUUUCGCAGGAUGUCAAUUCCAACGGAAAGCACGCAUUCCUCAUCGACACUCUCGCACUCGUAAGGGAUUUAGAAGCAAAUGGGGUUCCCGCCAAACAGGCCGAGGCUAUAUCUUCUUCGAUAAUCGUAGUUAUAAAUGUUAGUUUGGAAAACGUAGUUCAUUCUUUUGUUUCAAAAACAGAAAUGCAAAAGUCAGAGGUGCUUCAAGAAUCAAAUUUGUCGAAGUUCAAGACUGAAGCGCAAAAUUCUCAGGAGCAUCAUUUUUCUUUGUUGCAACGUGAGACUGAAAUGCUUCAUAAUGACAUAGACAAGAUGAGAAGUGAAUUGAGGUAUGAGAUUGACAAAGUCACUGCUGGGCAGCGUCUGGACUUGAAUCUUGAAAGAGGACGCAUACGAGAUGAGCUUGCUAAACAAAAUGCUGAAACCACCAAUUUGCUAAACAAACUUGAUCGGGAAAUCCAUGAAUUGAGAAGGCAGUUAGAAGCUGCAAAGUAUGAUGUGUUCAAAUACUGUAUAGGUACCAUUGUCUCCAUAUGUGUUGUGGGUAAAUUGAGGUAUUGGUUAACUUUUUUCUUGCCAUUUCGUUAA